CUUGGAAUCAAAUAUGGGAACAACGAUACAUAGGUCUAUAGAUCAGGCAUGGUACGAGAAAGUGAGGGCUAUAUUGAACUUUCAACCCUUUCCAACGAUGGAACUCCAUCCACUUCACAAGGGUACGAAGAUAGAAAUUUGAGCGAGUCUCAAGUCAGGUUAAUUUUAUUGAGAAUUGGACUCAUAAGUGACGACGAUUACAACUCGGCAAGACCAAUAGAUGAUGUGUUUAUCACUCGCCAAGCCGAAUACAUGCUAGAUAGGAUUGACCAAUUGAAUAUCAAAGAUGCCAUAACCAUCCUUAGAGAGGCAUUGGUAGAGCAUAGAGGUGACGUGAAUUUCUUGCUGGAAGACUACAGACUCAUAGAACAACUUGUCAAAUUGAUUCCCAGUGAUUUGGAAGCGAAAGUCCAUGAAAAGAUUCCAGAAGUUCAGUCAGAAGAACAUAUAAAGAAUAGAACAUAUCUCAAUAUCGUGGACUGGAACCUUCAGGUCCGUCUUGAGGCAGCUUUGAUUCAUUUCCAUUCCCCGUACCCUGAAGUAAGGUCAAUUACAGACCCCUACGAUGAUCCACAUACUCCAGUUGAUACAAUCAGAGCAUAUACCAUUGGAUUUGCCUGGACAUUCAUAGGUUCAAUCGUCAACAAUUUCUUUGUGCACAGAAUGCCUUCCAUUUUCUUAGGAGCACAUACUAUUCAAAUUCUACUCUUACCCAGUGGUAAAAUAUGGGAAAAAUAUGUUCCAGAAAAAAUCAUUGAAUUUUGGGGCUACUCAUUCGACCUCAAUCCUGGUCCAUGGACGUAUAAAGAAAUGAUGUUGAGUACAAUUAUCUAUCUGUGUUCAGCGGGAACACCUUAUCUGGUCUAUAAUAUUUUCGUCAUGAAAUUAGACAGAUUUUAUGGGUUGAAAUGGGUGACAUUGACAUAUCAAAUCUUGUUGAUGGUAUCCACUCAAUUUUUGGGUUUUGGUUUUGCCUUACUCAUGAAAAAGGUCUGUAUAUAUCCAAGUAAGGCAUUGUGGCCAACAACUUUACCAACCAUUGCUUUGAACCGGGCGUUAAUGAAAGAAGAUACUUCAAAUAACUCCAUAUAUGGCUGGAAAAUAUCAAGGUACUCCUUCUUCUAUUUGGUGUUCAUUGGAAGUUUCAUUUACAAUUGGAUCCCUUCAUUCUUCUUCAAAGCUCUUUCCACAUUCAACUGGCCAACCUGGUUCAAUCCUGACCUGAUUCAUCUCAAUAAUAUCACUGGCUCCCAAAGUGGAUUAGGACUCAAUCCUUUACCAACAUUCGAUUGGAAUGUAAUUGAUACAAGUAGUUGUCUUACCAUCCCAUUUUAUACCUAUGUUAAUCAAUACGUCGGCAUGGUUAUGGGAUUCUUUGUCAUAUUGAUAGUUUACUAUUCAAAUAACAAAUGGACGGCUUAUUUUCCUAUUAAUUCCAACAAAUUGUUCAAUAAUAAAGGAGAAAUCUACAAGGUUCAUGAAAUUUUGGAUGAGAAUAAUGCGUUUGACAAUAAGAAGUAUUUGGAGGUGGGGCCACCUUAUUUCAGUGCAGCUAAUUUGGUUCUCUAUGGGGCUUACUUUGCAUUAUAUCCAUUUGCUAUAUUGUAUAAUUUCGCUACAGAAUGGGAUUCCAUGAAAACAAGUUUCGUGAAUAUCUGGACUAGUAUUACAGACUCCUUCAAGCCAGCCCUGGAAAAGCACAGCACCUAUGGAAGAUAUUCGGAGGAUCCACACUGUAAGAUGAUGUCAAAGUAUGAAGAUGUGCCUGAUUGGUGGUUUCUUCUGAUAUUGCUUACUAGUACAUUAUUUGCGGUAAUUUGUGUACUGUUCUAUCCAACAGAAACACCAAUUUGGGGAGUCUUCUUCACCAUUUUGAUUAACUUCAUUUUUUUGAUCCCUAUCACAUCCAUUGCUUCUGUGACUGGAUAUUCUUUUGGACUUAAUGUGUUGGUAGAAUUGAUAGUUGGGUAUGCUAUACCGAAUUCUGGAAUUGCUUUGAUUACUUUGAAAGGAUACGGAUAUAAUAUUGAUAGUCAAGCAAGUAACUACAUCACCGAUCAAAAACUUGCCCAUUAUUCAAAGAUUCCACCGAAGGCCAUUUUCAAGGGCCAGUUAUUUUCAACGAUGAUAAGCGUGGUUGUUGCCUUGGCCAUUGCAAAUUGGCAACUAGAGAAUGUUCCUGACAUUUGUGAUUCACAUCAAAAAGAUAAACUCAAGUGUCCUGGGGCCAACACGUUUUUCUUCUCCAGUAUCCAGUACGGAGAAAUUGGACCUGCUAAAGUAUUCAGUGGAUUAUAUCCCGUAUUGAAGUGGUGCUUCCUAUUAGGUGCACUUUUGGUAAUUCCAUGUGCUUGGUUCAAAAAGAAUGGUCCCCCAAAACUCACCCGUUAUUUCCAACCAACUAUCAUUCUCGGAGGCUUUUUGUUCUAUGCUCCAUACAACAUUCUGUACUUUACAGUUGGGUUGUAUUUCUCAUACUUCUUCAUGUAUUAUGUCAAGAAGAAUUAUAUUUUAUGGUGGGAAAAGUAUAACUAUAUCUUGACCAGUGGUCUUUCUGCAGGUGUUGCAUUCAGUGCAUUGGUCAUCUUCUUCACUGUCCAAUACCAUCAGCACAAGAUAGACUGGUGGGGAAAUACAAUUAUUGAUAUGGGAUAUGAGGGUGCACUGGGAACAUGGCUCAAAGCUAAAGAUGCUCCGGAUGGUUACAUUGGGUUAAGGAAAGGUCAGUUUCCAUGAAAUAAUUCAGCCGCAGCGUAGAUUCGUUGUAUUAAAUUGUAUAGAUUACAAAUGACGAAAGAAU